AUGUCGGAACAGCACCUGGCCAAGGGCUCUGUUGGAGUGUCGGGGUUGAGCAUCCCUGUCAGGAACCCAAAGGAGAGUGAAGAAAGUCCUGAAAGUGCAUGGCCAAAGGAUUUCAUCACCCUGGAGCCUGGAGAAAGUGCCUGGCAGGUGGUCCUGAAGAAGAUCAGGGAGCUCUCCAAUUUGGACCGCCAAGACCCCUUCAUGGUGGCCGACCUAGGCGUGCUGGCCAGACGCCAUCGGGUCUUCCUGCAGGCCCUGCCGCGGGUCUCACCCUUCUACGCGGUGAAGUGCAACAGCAGCCCCUGGGUGCUGCGAGUCCUGGCCGCCCUGGGCACCAGCUUCGACUGCGCCAGCCAGGCGGAGCUGGAGCAGGUGCUGGGCCUGGGCGUGGCACCCUCUCGCGUCAUCUUCGCCAACCCCUGCAAGCCUGUCUCCCACAUCCAGUAUGCUGCCCGCCACGGGGUGAAGCUCCUGACCUUCGACAAUGAGGAGGAGCUCAUCAAGGUGGCAAAGCACCACCCUGGGGCCAGGCUGGUCCUCCGGCUGUGGACCCCGGAAGGUGAGAGCCUCUUGUCCCUGAGCACCAAGUUUGGGGCCAGACUGGAGGUGUGUGAACAUCUACUCAAGUCCGCCAGAGACCUGGGGUUGGCGGUGGUUGGAACCAGCUUCCACGUGGGUUCAAAAUGCCAGACACCCCACAGCUUCAUGCAGGCCAUUGCCAGCUGCCAGCACGUGUUCAAGAUGGGCAGAAGGGCUGGGCAUGACAUGAGCCUCCUGGACAUCGGAGGGGGCUUUCCUGAAGAGGGGGAUUCCAACCAUACUUUUGAGGAGAUUGCAGGAGUGAUCAAUGCCGCCCUGGCCCAGGACUUUCCCGAGGGGAGCGGCGUUGAGGUCAUCGCAGAGCCCGGCCGCUUCUACGCAGCAUCUGUCUGCAUGACCGCUGUCAACAUCAUUUCCAAGAAGGCUGUGCUGGAGCCCGGAGGCCACCGGAAGCUGGUGUACUAUCUCAACGACGGCCACUACGGCACAUUCCGUAUCUUCCACAGGGAGCCUGAACCCAGGGUGCCCAUUGUGGUGAAGGAGCUCUGCCCCGAGCCGCCCCUCUUCCCCUGCAUCCUCUACGGCCCCACGUGUGAUGCCUAUGAUAAGCUCUUCUUGAAGGAGGUGCAGUUGCCUGAACUGGACGUGGGCGACUGGCUGGUCUUCCCCUCCAUGGGUGCCUACACGUCUGCCAUGAGCUCCACCUUCAAUGGCUUCCCCCCCACACCCCUCUGCUACAUCGUGGAACCGGAGCUCAGCAAAGCCCGAGACGUCUGGCUGAGCUUUGACGCUGACCUCUGCCUGUGGGGUCGGCCCUGUGACGACCUCUCCCCAGAUAAGUCCAAGAGAGCCCGCCUGAGCAGCUCUGACAGCCCGGACAUGUAG